AAUUUAUUAACAGUAAGUUUAUUUAGACAAAAAUUAUUAUGCUUUGCUUUCCACAAGCCUGCCUACGCUGCUCAGGUAUUGUCGUUGACACAAAAAAAAGACAUAAAAAUAACCUCACACAAACAACCAUGGAAGAAGAGGACGACUCCUCCUACUCCUACGAUCGAUAUAAAAUAGGCGCAGUUGUUAGGGUAAACGCCAGACAAACCAGGCUUAGAGAUGGGAGAUCACAGGUUCGAAUAUGGCAAGCAUCUUGUGGGCAGAGCGGUGAACAAGAAGUUCAAGGGUUUCGGUCGCUUUGUUGGCAAAAUUGUUAGCUUUAAUUCGGCUAGAGGGUUUUACAAGGUGCGCUACGACGACGGGGAUGCAGAGGAGCUGGAUUUGGAGGAGGUGAAAGGGGUUUUAAUGGAAGAAGGAAGAAAGCGGAAGCGCGGUAGUGAGGAGCCUGUUGAGAAGAAGACCAAAGGCGGGAAGGAAAUGCAAGAGGAGAGUGAUCCUGUUGAGAAGAAGACCAGGGGCGGGAAGGAAACGAAAGAGGAGAGUAAUCCUGUAGAGAAAAAGACUAGGGGCAGAAAGAAAAGGAAACAGGAGAGUAUUCCUGUUGAAAAAAAGACCAGGGGCCGGAAGGAAACGAAACAGGAGAGUAACCCUGUUGAGAAAAAGACUAGGGGCAGGAAGAAAUCGAAACAGGAGAGUAAUCCUGUUGAGAAAAAGACCAGGGGUGGGAAAGAAACGGAGCAGGAGAGUAAUACUGUUGAGAAAAAGACCAGGGGCGGGAAGGAAACGGAACAGGAGAGUAAUCCUGUUGAGAAAAAGACCACGGGCGGGAAAGAAGCGGAACAGGAGAGUAAUCCUGUUGAGAAAAAGACCAGGGGCGGGAAUGAAGCGGAACAGGAGAGUAAUCCUGUUGAGAAAAAGACCAGGGGUGGGAAGGAAGCGGAACAGGAGAGUAAUCGUAAUCCUGUUGAGAAAAAGACCCGGGGCGGGAAGGAAACGGAACAGGAGAGUAGCCUUCCACUGGCUUUGCCGGAGCCAGCUGAUCAGCCCCGGAAACGGAGAAAGCGGCGGGGGAGAGAUUCGAAUGCAGGACCUCCGCGAAGGAGCUCUCGACAGGCGGCGGUGGCCGCGGCGAAAAGUGGGAAAGGGAAUGGCAAGGGUGUUGAAGGCGCCAGGGUUAGUGGCGAUGGUGUUCGUCGGCGACGGCGGCGUUUGGCUACCAAACUCCCGCUGCCUUCGUCCUCCGGAGAUCUGCUUGUACCCGAGGAAUCCGUGCCCAGUCUCUUUUAUGUGUAUACUACUUUGAGGAGUUUUAGCAAGCUGUUGUUUUUGAGCCCCUUUGGCCUUCAGGAUUUUGUCGGAGCUUUGAAUUGUGAAGAAGCUAAUUCUCUCAUGGACCAUGUUCAUCUCGCACUUCUGCAGACGUUGCGUCGGCAUCUCGAAUUUAUUGUCCCCGACGAGGGCCCUGCCGCUGCUGCUGCGAUCCGUUGUCUCAGGCACUUGGAUUGGAAUCUCCUAGACAGGAUAACAUGGCCUGUUUAUUUGGUUGAAUACCUAAUAAGUCAAGGAUUCAGUAAAAUUUCUGGCCAGAAACUUGGUUGCCUGAAGCUUUGCGAUAGAGAGUACUACACUACAUCAGUGUCAAUGAAGCUAACAGUUUUAGAGUUUCUAUGUAAUGAGGUGAUGGAAACUGAAGAAAUAAGGCCAGAAAUCAGUACCCGUCUAGGAGAUGUGGAGAUUGAUGGAGAGGAUAACUUGAUCAAUGCUUUGGCUAGUGUAGCUGAAAAGAAGCCUAGGAGGGGGAGGAGGAGGAUACUCAAACAUUGUUCUAAAGAGGGUGUGAUAUUAGAUUCUAACAAAACAGACGAUCAGGAAAGCUCGAUAUCAAAUCCAAGAACAGGUGUUAAUACAGGUUAUGCAAUGAGCAUGGUAAAAUUUCAGGGUAAUUCAGGUCACAUCCAGAAUAAACGUUGUGAAACAGCAAGAUCUGAGGGAAAUGAUGUAGAAAAUUUGAACAGUGAUGAAUGCUGUCUCUGCAGGAUGGAUGGGGUUUUGAUUUGCUGUGAUGGUUGUCCUGCUGCAUACCAUUCUAGAUGUGUUGGGGUCUCAAAAGAUGCUUUACCUGAAGGAGAUUGGUAUUGCCCAGAGUGUUUAGUCAAAAAAGCCCCCAGAGGAUUUGCGGUAUUGAAGGGCUUGCAAGGAGCUGAGUUUCUGGGAAUGGAUGCACACGGACGAAUAUACUUCUCUAUUUGUGGUUACUUACUAGUGGCUGAUUCUGCUACAGAUCCAGUUACUACCUACUAUUAUUACAACAAAGAUGAUUCUAUGAAGGUUCUGGAUAUAUUAGAUACAUCAACUCCAUUAUAUGUUACUAUACAUAAUGCAAUGGUACAAUCCUGGGAUAAAAGUAGGACAAUGAGUAAAGCAUCCCUUGACAAAGCAGAUAAGUUUUUUGAGAAGUGCACUUCAGAAUCAUCCAUCAUAUCUGUAUCGCAUUCUCUUGUACACCAGGAACAGGAGAGUGCACCUUUAAUUCCAUCUGUAACUUCCCAAAAGAAUGCUAUCCUCAAGAAUGAUUCCUUUUUAAAAGGAAGACUUGUUGAGAACUUUGUUGCAGGAGGCAAAGAAGAUGUUGAAAUGAUGGAUGCAUAUCAAAGUAAUGGUGAUGCUCUAAUAGCAAGUUCUGAAAGUUCUUUGGAAACGUCUUUGAAUGUUGAUGCACAAGUGUCUGAGAAAAACCAUGAGCAACAGAUUAUUUGUUCUAAUGCCCCUUGUAGUGUCGACUUUACAAAAAAUUGUCUAGUUCAGGGUCAACAACUAAUUGAAGCAGAUACCGGCAAUGCAACUUUCCAGGUGAAGCAACAACCUGAACGGUCUGAGAUUUGCACCAUGCGUGCACCUGGUCAAAUGGUUUUGGUUGAUAGCCCUCUUAAGAGACGAGUGACUUUUCAAGUAAAUGCUUAUGAAAAUCAAUACAUUUUAGGGGAUGUGGCUGCGUCAGCUGCUGCAAAUUUAGCAGUUAAUAUUGCUGAUAAGGAAAAUAGUGUACAGCGAUCUUCAAAAAGGUCUCUAUUGAUUGCAACUACAGAACAAAGGAAAAUCAGAGAACAGAUGAAAGCAUUUUCGAAGGCAGCUGCACAAUUUUCCUGGCCAUGUUUAACCAAAAAAUAUGCUGAAGUGCAGAAAGAAAAAUGUGGAUGGUGCCAUUUUUGCAAAUCUUCUACAAGUAAUCUUAGUGGUUGCAUAUUGCAUAUGGCUUCUGAGAAUGCUGCGGCAGGGGCUCUAGGGGGGGCAGUCGCUUUUACUCCGUCAAAGUAUGAUGAUGGUCAUUUUCCAGACAUUGUUGCCUAUAUUCUAUAUAUGGAGGAUCGAUUGUAUGGUCUUCUUGGUGGUCCAUGGGAGAAUCCAUUGUACAGGAAAUAUUGGCGUAAAUAUCUUGAGCAUGCAUCAAGUAUUGCCGAGGUCAAGCAUUCUCUAUUGGAACUAGAGUUGAGUAUUAAACCCAUUGCACUUUCAGCAGAUUGGUGUAAAGCUGUAGAUGAUGCCAAUCCUGGUGUCUCCACCAGUCAAAUUAGUGCAAGUGUAGCUGGCCAAUCACCAAAGCGAGGACGCCCUAGAAGGAAUUCUAUGAAUUGGUCUAGAGCUGUCAAUGAUGCCACUUCUGGGGCCUCCACUAGUCAAGUUAGUGGAAGUGUACCUGUCCACACACCAAAGCGAGGACGCCCUAGAAAGAACCUUGUGAAUUCGUGUAAAACUGUGGACAAUGCCACUUCUGGUGCUUCUGCUAGCCAAAUUAGUGCAAAUGUAGCUGCACAAACGCCAAAGCGUGGACGCCCUAGAAAGAUUUUUGUGAAUUGGUUUAAAUCUGUCAAUGAUGCUACUCCUGGGGUCUCCACUAGUCAAAUUAGUGUAAGUGUAUCUGAUCAGACACCAAAGCGAGGACGCCCUAGAAGGAACUCUGCUGCUGACAAAACAAGUCCUGCUUUAGUGGAAGCCACCUCAUUUGGGGUAAACUGGUGGAGAGGCUGCAGACUUUUAGGUCGAGCACAUUGUCAGAGUUUCUUACCUUACAUUAUAGCUCGGAGAGCUGGACGCCAAGCUGGGUUGAGAAAAAUACCUGGCAUUUGCUAUGCUGAGGAUCUAGAAAUACCGAGAAGAUCCAAAAGGUACACAUGGAGAGCUGCUGUUGAAAUGGCUAGGAACGUAUCACAACUUGCUUUACAGGUCAGGAUUCUUAGUGCAUGUAUCAAAUGGAAUGAUAUUGUGAGCGUAGAAGAUUUUCCACGAUCUAAAGGAGGAGAAGAGAAAGGAACUAGUGGAUACAAUAAGGCAGCUAUUUGUGCCAAGAGUUCAGAAAAGGGUGUGAUAAAGUAUUUAGUGGAUUUUGGGAAACAAAAAACCAUUCCAAUCCACAUUGUCAAACAUGGAAUAAAGCAUGAGGAUGCUGAAAAGGGAAAGAUCAAAUAUUGGAUAAGUGAGAAUUUUGUGCCUUUGUUUCUUCUCAAAGAGUUUCGGAAGAAACCAUUGCGUGGUCGCCCCAAAAAGGAUUCAAAUAAAUUUCCCAAGUUUCUUUUUAGAUUGUCCAGAACUUCCAAUUCAGAUGUAUUUUCUUUCCUCUUGGAUAAAGCAGAAGGUCGUCACAAAUGUUCAUGUGGUCACUGCAAAAUGGAUGUACUGAUCUGGAAAGCAGUUCAAUGCCAAAUUUGUGAAGGUUCUUUUCAUCGCAAGUGUGCAUUACCAAUCUUGGAUUCAUCUGACUGCAAGUUGGCUUGUUACAAAUGCUAUAAUAUUAAGCAUCAUGAGGGGGAUACUAACAUGUAUUCAGAGAAGAAUGCUGUUUCAGCUCACAAACGCUCUAAGAUUGCAAAAGAACCAGUGAAGAUUGGAAUGUCUUCUCCAGGUGGAAAACGAAAGAAAUACAAAAGUCACCAGUCUCUCAGUAAAACCGAAGGAGCUGUUAAUUUGGAUCUAAAAACACUCAAUGCGAAUUCAGAUAAGUUUGAUGUGGCAACUCACAAAAGCUCCAUGCUUGUAAAAGAACCAGUGGAAAAUGGAAUAUCUUUGCCAGAUAAAAAACAAAAGAAAUACAAGAGGCAAGAACCAGUGGAAAAUGGAUUAUCUUUACCCGAUAAAAAACAAAAGAAAUACAAGAGGCAUCAAUCUCACAGUGAAAUUGUUGCAGAACAGAAGAUUAACAGUAUUACAAAGUCUCUGGUUCGCAAAGUCAAAAGAGGUGGUCGUUUGGAUGGUCUUUUGUGGAAGAAAAAGAGGACUGGCGAGUUAGGAAAGGAAUUCAGACAGACCAAGCUUCUACUUCCAUGUCAGAGUAGCAUGGAUGCCUCUAAAAAGCCUUUCUGUUUUCUCUGUUCCGAGGCAUAUAAUUCUCAGCUUAUAUAUGUUGGAUGCGAAUCUUGUACUGAAUGGUUUCAUGGAGAUGCCUUUGGGCUUACCAUGGAGAAUGUUGCUGAUUUGAUUGCUUUCAAGUGUCACAAAUGUCGCAAGAGGAAUAGACCGGCCUGUCCUUAUGCCAAGAACCUAGAGGGUAAAAUACCUGACAUGAAGAUUAAAACAGAUAAUGGAGAAAUGCUAGAUGCAGCUGAAAAUAGUAAGCCAUCAAAUGUUUUUUAUAGCAGGCGGAGAAUCGUUUCCAAUGAUGAGCCUCAUGUUAUGUUGGUUAGCAGCGAUGUGCAUGCAGGGAUCAAAAUGGAAUGUGAUUUUGAAUAUGUGUCACUUUCUGAUACAGAACAAUUUUUUAAUUCAAUACCUAUUCCUAUCUCCCAAGAGCCGAUAACUCCCAAAAGAAAUUGUACUUUUUUUAAAGAUUACCUGCAGGGACAAUCGACAAAUUGCUUACAAAUUAGGAAGGAAGAUGAUCUAGGAGAGACAUCUAUGGGAUCUGAAAUGAUGAGUGGUGUUAUUGACUCUUCUAUUAAAGAUUACCUGCAGGACAAAGUGAUUAACUGCGCACAAAGUGUUGGAGAAGACAAGUUGAGAGAAACAUUUAUGGGAUCAGAAAUGGAGAAUAAUCAUACCGACUCUUCUUUUAAAUAUUACCUGCAGGAUGAAGUGACAAACUUCCUGCAAAACGGGCUGGAAGACAAAUCAAGACAGGCACAGAUAAGAUCUGAAUUAAAGAACAACGGUGUUGUUCAGAGUAUUCCUGGUUUCCAAACACAAUCCAUGCUUUCAUACAUGGAAUUGUUGGCAUCUGACGAUGAUAAAAUAGAAAAUCUUUUUGAUCUUUCACAAGAUGGUGUCCUUAGCUGGUCUGCUAAUUUACUUCCCAUUGAUGAGGCAGUAAAUGGGUCUCAACUACAUGGGCUAGUGGAUGGACCUAAUCUUUCAUCAAGGGCUACUAUUUCACAAAAUAAUUCAGAAAAGGUACAGAGCCACCUUGCAAAUACAUUUCCACUGGAAAGUUUUGUAAAUCAACCAUACAGCACAGGAACUGAGAUAAAAUCAGAUGAAAAUAAAAUGGAGAAAUGCCCAAAUUGUGACUUAAAGGAGGUACCUCUGGAUCUGCAGUGCCGCAUGUGUGGUACUGCAAUUCAUUUCCAUUGCCAUAAACUAGCACCGACAGGCUGUUGGAGUGAGAGUGGAUGGCUUUGUGGUUGUUGUGAGGCUGGUUUUGUACAAGGAUAACCUGCAUGGCAUCCUUGGAUCCAGAUAUUAUUGUUUAAUGGCCUUCAAAUUUAUGAAAGAGAACACGGGCUCAAGAAGUUAUGUCUACAGAAUGGGCUAACGAACGUCUGAUUAUAUGUGAUUUUCUAUUCAAUGGGAAUUCUAAAUCUGAAUAAGAAUAGACCAUUAUAAUGGGCCUCUGGACUUAGGUAACUUGGUUAUUCAGAGUUAAAUCCACUUAUUUUUUGUAAGUGGAUUACUUUCUUGAACGCCAUAUCCUAUGUUCAAAACUGUUCGCUUUGCACAUUGGGUGUUCUUUCUCAAGAUGGAACCAUUGAAGUGAAGCUAAAAGAACCGAAGUGCCUGGUUAUAGUGCACAGAUUUUCAGUAUGCAAAUCCCGCUUGAAUUACUGAAGUUGAAGGCUAUCUCAUUAGACAUGUAAACAUAUACCCAAAUGUACCUUAUGAUUCUUUUACUCGACAAUUUAAUUUUUUUUCAUAUUA